CCGCGCCCGGCGGCCACCCGACUCAGUCCCUCGCCGGCCGGUCUGGGCAGAGGACGGUGGCUGGCAGUGGCUGGAAGCUUCGCUAUGGGAAGUUGUUCCUUUGCGCUCUCGCGCGCAGCCCUCCUCCCUGGUUCUCCGCUGCCACUGUCGGAGAAGAGCACCGGGAGACGCGGGCUGCAUCCGCGGCUGCUUCUCCCGGCUCCGACAGCCGCGCGGCUGGGCAGGUACUGAGUGCAUCCAGAGCUUAGCACGUCACCUCCUUCCUUUGCUCGGCUGCCAGGCUGCCGCAGUGUACAUGGGGUGUUGGAGGUAGAUGGGCUCCUGGCCCGAGAGGCGGCGGUGGAUGCGGCGCUGGGCAGAAGCAGCCGCCGAUUCCAGCUGCCGUGGGGCUGCGCGCCCCUGGAGCCCCUGCGAGCCCCGAGCUCAGCCAUGGGGACCUCCGCGAGGAACAGCACCACCCUCGAACCCAACAGCCGUGUCGCCGGCCGAGCCAGAGCCACGAUGAUCGUGGGCUCCCUUCUUCUGCUUGGAUUGCUUAGCACCGCCACAGCUCAGCCAGAAUGGAGAGCUCCGAAUCUCAUCGGCUCAUACCGCCAUGUUGACCGUGCCACUGGCCAGGUGCUAACCUGUGACAAGUGUCCAGCAGGAACCUAUGUCUCUGAGCAUUGUACCAACACAAGCUUGCGUGUCUGCAGCAGUUGCCCCACGGGGACAUUUACCAGGCAUGAGAAUGGCAUUGAGAGAUGCCAUGACUGUAGUCAGCCAUGCCCAUGGCCAAUGAUUGAGAAAUUACCUUGUGCUGCCUUGACUGACCGAGAAUGCACUUGCCCACCUGGCAUGUUCCAGUCUAAUGGUACCUGCGCCCCCCAUACAGUCUGUCCUGUGGGGUGGGGUGUACGGAAGAAAGGAACAGAGAUUGAGGACGUCCGGUGUAAGCAGUGUGCUCGGGGUACCUUUUCUGAUGUGCCUUCUAGUGUGAUGAAAUGCAAAACACACACGGAUUGUCUGAGUCAGAACCUGGUCGUGAUCAAGCCAGGGACCAAGGAGACAGACAAUGUCUGUGGCAUGCACCUGCCCUCCUCCAGCACGACCUCACCUUCUCCUGCCACAGCCAUCUCCUCACGCACUGAGCACAUGGAAUCCCAUGAAGUUCCUUCCUCCACUUACAUUCCCAAAGGCAUGAACUCAACAGAACCCAACUCUUCUGCCUCUGUUAGACCAAAGGUACCAAGCGACAUCCAGGAAGGGACAGUCCCUGACAACACAAGCUCAGCAGGAGGGGAGGAAGGCACCAACAGGACCCUCCCUAUCCUCCAAGUAGUCAACCACCAGCAAGGCCCCCACCACAGACACAUCCUGAAGCUGCUACCAUCCAUGGAGGCCACUGCGGGUGAGAAAUCCAGCACGCCUAUCAAGGGCCCCAAGAGAGGCCACCCCAGGCAGAACCUACACAAGCACUUUGACAUCAACGAGCAUCUGCCCUGGAUGAUUGUGCUUUUCCUGCUGCUGGUGCUUGUGGUGAUCGUGGUGUGCAGCGUGCGGAAGAGCUCAAGGACUCUUAAAAAAGGGCCCCGGCAGGAUCCCAGCACCAUUGUGGAGAAGGCAGGGCUGAAGAAAUCCGUGACUCCAACCCAGAACCGGGAGAAGUGGAUCUACUACUGCAAUGGCCACGGUAUUGACAUCCUGAAACUUGUAGCGGCCCAAGUGGGGAGCCAGUGGAAGGAUAUCUAUCAGUUUCUAUGCAAUGCCAGCGAGAGGGAAGUGGCUGCUUUCUCCAGUGGCUACACAGCAGACCAUGAGCGGGCCUAUGCGGCUCUGCAGCACUGGACCAUCCGCGGCCCUGAAGCCAGCCUUGCCCAGUUGAUUAGUGCCCUGCGCCAGCACCGGCGCAAUGAUGUGGUGGAGAAGAUCCGUGGGCUGAUGGAAGAUACCACCCAGCUGGAAACUGACAAACUGGCUCUCCCAAUGAGCCCUGGUCCGCUGAGCCCGAGCCCCGUUCCCAGCCCGAACACCAAACUUGAGAAUCCUACACUCCUGACCGUGGAGCCGUCCCCGCAGGAGAAGAGCAAGGGCUUCUUCGUGGAUGAGUCUGAGCCCCUUCUUCGCUGUGACUCCACAUCCAGUGGCUCCUCAGCCCUGAGCAGGACCGGCUCCUUUAUUACCAAAGAAAAGAAGGACACAGUGUUGCGGCAGGUCCGCCUGGAUCCCUGUGACUUGCAGCCUAUCUUUGAUGACAUGCUGCACAUUCUGAAUCCAGAGGAGCUGCGAGUGAUCGAAGAGAUUCCCCAGGCUGAGGACAAACUGGACCGGCUGUUCGAGAUUAUUGGAGUCAAGAGCCAGGAAGCCAGCCAGACACUCCUGGACUCUGUUUAUAGCCAUCUUCCUGAUCUAUUGUAGAACAUAAGGAUACUGCAUUCUGGAAAUUGCUCAAUUUAGAGGCAGGGUGGGAUUUGUUUUGUUUUGUUUCAUUUCUGAUUUUUGCGUUUUGGUGUGUGUAUGUGUGUGUGUGUAUGUAAGAGAGAGAGAGAGUAUAUGGCCAGUGUUUAAGUUCCUUCUGCUUUUCUUUUUUGCUACAUCCUUCUGGGAAGUUAGUUAUGAACCUUUCAAGGUGUAAUUGUUACAAGAUACCCACCACUAACGCUUUUUUCAGUUCCUUAUUUUCUUUGUUUUGGUUUCUUAGGCAUUUUCAUAAUUGUUCUGUGCACUUUAAAUUCACUUCAUUUGCUGUCAGUUCAGUGUCGCUUUUCCUACACACUGGAUUGUGAGGCUUUUCUUAAAAGUGUAAUGGCAUCUUGUGAUUCUAUAAGCAGUCUUCACUGUCAAUCCACACCUGUUUCAUGAUGAUGAUGGUGAUGAUGAUUUUUAUUGUUUGUCCUUUAUAGAUUUUCUUCAGGACUAAGCAUUUCAGGCUCUCUUGAGUUACUGUAAUACAGUUAGGCCUUGAGUUAUCCUUUCAACAUGACUUCUUGUAGAUUUCCCAUUCGUGGCUGACACUUGCCCACGUCGUGGCUGAGUGUCGGGCUUUACCCCAGACACCGUGCGGAAUGCUUGAUUCCUUGUGCUCCUCACGCUGAUCUGCCAUUGGCUGGGGAAAUGACAUCCUCAAGCCAUCAGGACUUGCUGUGUAAGUGGCUUGACAAUUGAGCCACCAAAGAUCUUGAACUUCAUCUUUUAGGCUGUCCUGGAACAUAGUGCUGCACUUUGGAACGUCAGAACUCGGCACCAUUGGCACAUUUUCCGUAGAAAAUUGCCAGCUUUGCUUUAAAAAAAUGUCUUGGUUUUUUAUAUACCCAUAGUCAAUAGAUGCAGUCUAACCCUCGAGGCCUUGGUCUUGGUGGGGUUCCUUCGUCAUUUGAUCACUUUAAUUAAAAAUGGCUGCGGCUCUAAAGUCCCUUGUCUGAUAUAUUUGUGACUAUGCUCUCAUUUAUAAAGUACCCUCUAAUGCUCAAUUGCCAGAUUCUAAUGCAAAGGUGGCAUCCACUCCCUCUGUGUGGGCAGCAUUUGUGGGUUGUGAUAAGGGACCGAGAUCAGAAAAAUGCCUUCAAGUGUACUAAUUUAUUAAUAAAUAUUAGGUGUUUGUUA